UUUAAGCCGCUGUCUCUUGUUUGCAGACAUGGUAUCGUUCUUUUCAUCUGACGUAAAAAAUUUUUUUCGAUUAAUCAUCGAUAGUUUAAAAGUCGUGUAAAAUUCUUCUAAAAUUGCAAAUAGUUUGCUCUGACGGUAUAAAUAAUCCCAAUAAUGGUUUAAAAGAGUGAAUGCAAAACAUAAAAUAAACGUGAAUACGUUUCAAAACUAUGUUCCUGUUCUGGUUAACUGGCCAAACAGUGUUUAGAAUACAAUAGAUACCUCCUACAGAGGUGGACAAGAGUACAUUGGAUCACCCAAGAGUGAUCAACAAGGAGAGUAGGCUUGAAGAGCACAAACAAAGUUAUGGCAGAUAUGAUGAGGAUGAGUGGAAGCGGUGCAUUAGGUGGCUUCCAAAGAGAUAAGCUCGGUUCGCCUUCAACUGGAUCUGAAGACGGUGGUGGGAUUGAUUUGGGUGAUAUUGCACAGGAAUUGGAUCAAGACGAAUUUGAUGGACCGACUACACUGAAUGGUGAUCGUCCAGCUAUUACCGCACCGCCUGAAAGUGAAUGGUACCAUGGACGGUUGGAUCGAUUCAGUGCAGAACAGAGACUAAAAUCUGCAUCAAGACUGGGGAGCUAUUUAGUUCGUGAAAGUGACCGUAAACCUGGCUCAUAUGUAUUAAGUUAUUCUGGACGAACGGGCAUUAAUCACUUUAGAAUUACAGCGGUCUGUGGCGAUUUUUACAUAGGAGGUAGACAAUUUUUCUCGCUAAGUGAUUUGGUAGGUUAUUACACAUCGUGCAGCGAUUUACUAAAAAGAGAAAAGUUAUUGUUCCCGAUCCCUCCGCCCGAGCCUGUUAACGACAAAAAACGUGUCGUUGCAAUACUGCCGUACACAAAAAUGCCGGACACUGACGAACUUACUUUCCAGAAAGGAGAUAUAUUUUUCGUACACAAUGAUAUGGGCGAUGGCUGGCUAUGGGUAACAGCUCACCGUACUGGGGAACAAGGAAUGAUUUUUCGAGAAUUGGUCGAAGAUUUGGAUCCAAGUAUUGAUCCUAACACAGUAUUUUCUUGGUUUCACCCGACCUGUUCGAAAAACGAAGCAGUUGAUAUGUUGGUCAAAGCUGGACCGGGUAGCUUUCUUGUAAGACCUAGUGACAAUUCUCCGGGAGAUUAUUCGUUAUUUUUCCACAUUAACAAUCAAAUUCAGCGCUUUCGUAUCGAGAAAAAAGGUGUACGUUACCUCAUGGGAGGACGAACAUUCGAAUGUUUGGAUGCCGUGAUUAAUAGAUACAGAAAGGAGCAAAUUGUUGAGGGGCAUACACUCAUGCAUGCGGUAAUCAAUGGUAGUCAGCCCGAAUACCAUCCACCGACUAAUGUGGCUAGUGCCGCAGAAAAAAUUUAUGCAACUCUGCGGGAAUGUCGUGAUCAGAAUAUUCUUAAGAAAACUAAAGGAAUCAAACACCACGGUUAUUUACUAAAAAAAUCAGACAAAACCGCCAAAUGGAAACAAUUAUACUUUGCUCUACUGGUGGAAGGAUCUGAAACACAUCUAUGCUUCUAUGAUAAUCCGAAAAAAACCAAACCAAAAGGAUUAAUUGAUCUCUCGUGUGCUUAUCUUUAUCAGUGCCAUGAAUCGUUCUGGGAACGCCAACAUUGUUUCCAGAUAGUUGAGCGCGCGCUUCCAUGUCUCGCAACGAUAUCUUAUCUAUGUGCCAAUAGUCAGGAAAGCUAUGUUGAGUGGGUCAACGCAUUGAAGUCUCAUUGCGUUUCCCAACUCAGCAAGGCCCAGUCGAAAGUACCACGUCUUCGUGAAUUACGUUGCCUAAAUCUGCAUAUUCUUGAAGCUCAUCGUUUGCCAUUCAAACUAGUUCCACAUCCGUACUGUAUCGUUUCUCUGAAUCAAGUGAAAGUGGGUAAAACUCGUGUUAAAAUGGCACCAGACCCCGUCUGGGAAGAGGAAUUUAUCCUAGAUGACGUGCCACCGGAUGUAGUAACGGUAACUAUUACCGUUCUGAGCAAGGGUAAACGGGGUAAGGACUCGGAAGUUGCGGAGCUGAUUGUGGAUCUAUGUGGCCUAAAAAAUGGACAGGAAACGGAAGAAUGGUACCCUCUAAUUGGAAUGACCCCAAUGGGUGAAUGGGGAUCCAUCCGUCUGCGUAUAAGAUAUUUAGACGAUCUUGUUAUGCCCUGUGAAGAAUAUAGUCCCUUGCAGCAGUUGCUAGUCGAGCCGGAAUUGAAUGCGGUGCGUGCAUUGGCCGAAAUUUGUCACAACGAUCGUAUCCCGUUGGCUACCUCGUUGCUAAAAGUAUUUCGUCAUGAAAAACGUGAAACUGAAUUAUUGAGAAUACUCUGUCAGGCAGAAGUUGCACGAGAAAAUGAAACUACCACUCUUUUUCGUGGUGCUUCCCUUGCAACGACUCUCAUGGAUCUCUAUAUGCGUGCUGAAUGCACCAUAUUUCUACAAUCUGCUGUGUCUGAUACAAUCCAAAGAAUACUCGAGAGUAAGCAAUCCGGUGAAUUGAAUCCAACUAAGAUGGAUGUGAAUGAUGACGCGUGCUCGAACGCAGAGUUUCUUUUGAUGAUCUUAGACCAAGUCACUCAAUCGAUCUUCACUUCUCCGGACGCAUGUCCUCGAACAGUUCGGUAUAUUUGCAACUGUCUUCAAAAGGCAGUUGUGGCAAAGUGGCCAUCGCCGAAUGAGCGCCUGGUGCGCACACGAGUUGUUUCCGGCUUUAUAUUUCUGCGUUUGCUCUGUCCUGCUUUGCUCAAUCCUCGUCAAUUCAGUCUAGUCGGAGAAACACCACAUCAAAUGGCAACUCGAACGCUCAUCAUGGUAGCAAAGUGUUUGCAAAAUUUAGCCAAUUUGGUCGAAUUUGGUGGAAAAGAACCCUAUAUGGAAGUGGUAAACCCGUUUAUUUUAAAGAAUAAGGAACGAAUGAUCGUGUUUUUGGACCAGCUGUCAUCAGUGACUGAUCCAAAUCCACCUCCAGGAUGCAUGAUUGAACAAACCAAUUGUACGCUCUCUAGCUCGGAUGCUGGUCGUGAACUAGCUACUUUGCAUCACAUUUGCGUUUCGUACCUCUCGGAAUUGCAAUCAAUGAGUAAGAACAAUAACGCACUCAAAAAGCUGGUCACCGUUACCGAUAUGCUUUCAAAGCACAAACUCAAAUAUCGAGAGAUGAUUAGCUAAUCUGUUACCACAUAAUUCAGAUAACAAACGAUGAAACUACGUGUAUGAUCCAAAAGCUCGAAAGUUAAAGAAAUGUUAUUAACACAACACAACAGGAGUUUCUUCAUCGUUAUAAAAUAAAUACAAUACGCAUAUUUAAAGUUUCUGAGAGCUAGACACUUAAUAAUCAAGAUAGUUGCAUAUUAUUUCCGUUUAAUUCUACAUUUUCAAGUAUAAGUGAAAACUUAUACUACAUGUUUGUUCUACUGUUUCGACUAAGGAGCACAUUCCUUAUCGUUAAAAGUUGUUUUUGCAUUUUGCGGUACUCAGGAGAGAUAAAUUUAGGCGUACUCUUAAUAAUGAGAAUAAUCACAGAAAGGAAAUGUAUUCCAAUGCACAAAAUUUAUACUAUCGGAUUCAAAAUUUUGAUGUUGAUUUUCGGAGGUAAUAGUUGCAAUUAUUGGCUUAGUUUUAUCGUGAAGCAUGUAGUAUUAUGCAAAACCCAUUCAAUAUAUGUAACCCAAUAGCAGACAAAACAAAUUCACCACGAAAACAGUAAAAUACUUACUCUUUCUUCGUACUCCGGCAAAGCGAAUCAGGGCUUUACUCUAACAUAUAGUUUAGAUAUAUGUACAUUAGAACGUAUUAGUAGCAAGUGGGUGUAUUUGAAUCAUCAACGCAAAGAAUGUCAUUUUUAAACAAAACCGGAACAGGAACUCUUGUAGAAUAGUGAUAAAGAGCAAAAGGAAAACCAACCAACGGUAUAAUUGAAAACGAAUUAAUUUUAAUUAGAUAUGACAUGUGAGAAAAAGAAUGUUUAUACCAAAAAGACGUGAAAGUUUAGUUAGUGUUUAGGAGAGUAAACUCGUUUGCUUAAUCAUUGUAAAGUGAUUAGGUUCGCCACAUCCUGUUUGCUGAAUGUUAACAAAUUGGUGCAAAUACAGGACAUGAACUGCGACAGACGUACAACAUACGCCAUUUUAGUUUGUAUACAAAUAUUUAUGUGUGUUAUUUUUUACUUUUGAUAUGCUUUUUCGAAUACUUUGUCUAUUCUGUCGCCCAGAUCAAUUAGGCCAAGCUUUAGCCCCAACAAUUUUCAAUGCAUUUUUAUAAUCAUAUAUUUAACACAAAAUAUAUAGAGUAAUCAUAAAAAAUCGUGUUUUUGUCGUUUCUUUUGUUUG